AUGAAGAAUUUCAUUGAUCUGGUCCUAGGCCCGACUUCUGGAGGGACACCAAAGCCAGAUAUGUCAGCGGUGGUUCGACCAUCUGCAGUCCGAACUGAACCCUCUCCGUCAUUUCAAAACAAAAGUCAUGUCACUACUGUUUCAAAGCAUCGGGCUCUAUCGCCUGAACUCGAGGAUGAUAGUGACUUGGUAGAGGAUUCUACUUCAAUUAUCAAGUUGGUCUGGAAGCCUUGGAUGCGGGCUCAUGAUAGAGACAUAGACAUUCAUUCAAAGGACUCUGUCGCUGAUGAUGUUGAUGUUGCGGUGGGUUUGGACAAGGCUACGAUCCUUUCCCCCGAUCUACGAAUUUUUGAGAAUCAGCACGACGAUUCUCUUGUUCGGAGUGUUGUUCAAUUGAUGGUGGUGGUAAGGCUUUGGAGCAAAGAGGUAAAAGAAGCCCUAGCCUCGAAGUCUUUGGCUAUGGAGAUGUAUGGGCGUCAGAGGCAAAUUCCCUAA